UCGAUGCAGCUGACUUUGCUUAGAUACAGCUGACGUGUGUAGAUCCAAAGAGGUCUCCAUUCUUCGUCCAUAGAGAUAAAAAAUUACAGACUGCAAAGGACGGAAAUGAAUUGGCAUCGAUUUGAAUUACGUGAAAAAAUAAUCGAACGAAAUAGAAUUGCUUAUGCUUGCGAUUCGUCUCGGGGAAGGUGCUAAUAAGCGAUUCAGUGAAAAAAAUCCCACGUUGGCAGUGACUGGCAGCAAACACACCGAUCUAGAAGAAACGAGCAAGUGGAAUACAAAUCAGCUGAGCGAGUGUUGUUGAGUUGGAUGAAUGAUUAAAGUCUGACGUUGAGACGAGUUUUUCGUAUGCACACCUGGUUAGAGGUGGAGGGUCACACACCAUCUCUAGGUGCCACCGCGUGGGAAUUCUGUGCAGUCAUCUCAUCGAACCGAGAAGAGUACAUAUAGUUGUGAGUGAGCUGAGCAGUGUGAAGGUCAUCGAAGCCGGUUCACGCUAGCGGCAGUUGAACAGCUGUGAAAUUAGCUCGAUAAGCCGCUGACAUUUAUUUCAGCAUUAGAAGUCGUUAUUGAUAAGAGAUGAUUGCAUUCAACUGAGUGAAAUGGAAGAUAUUAGAGAUAAGCUGAUCCCCCGCUUCGCCAACGAUGACGAGGAGGAGUUCAACGAAGAGAUCGGCCUGAUCCGGAAGCCAACGAUCCCUUCCAUACGGCAGCGAAACUCCCAGAUCCACGCGUUGGAAAAUCUCGAUCAAAUUGAGGAAGAGGAGAAACUGAACGAAUUUCGAUCAUCCCUGAAAAGUGGCAACAAAAAGGGCGUUACCUUCGGAGAUGGAGUACGGAAACGGGGUGCGGCGGCUAAUCGCAUUCCGGAGCUGAGCAGCAGCAAUAGCGAGGAUUUCGAACGGUUUGGCGAUUCGUAUAUGGUGCUGGAGUUUAGCGAGGGUACCGCGACGGAGACGAUCCAGUGGAUUAUCGAGAAGAUUCGGGGGAGAAAGAUCGAUGGCGGUGCCGAACUGAUGGUGCGAAAGGAACCGCUUACCAAAGAAACUCAAACGCUUAUUCUGCACAUCUCAGCGACGCAGAUGAAGUUCCUGGAGAUAGCAGACGACAUGGGCUUUAUGAAGCGAACCAAGACUGGAAUUAUUAGAAAUUUUAACGUUGCUUGUUUGGAUGACUUUUUCUAUGACGAGAACAUGACUUUGGAGGAUAUCCUCACUCCGGCGGAUCGACAGAUAAUCAUUAAACAUGCCCUGGAAAACAUUCGUGCCUCGGAAAAUGAGCAUCACAUCCCAGGAACGAAAACACAACUCUACCACGGCCAAUCGAUCAUCCAGGCUGCGCAGCGAUAUGAAAUCAUCACGAGCUUCUACUCCCUGCACGACAAGCAGAAGCUACGGAAACUGCGUCACGUGUGGAUCAAGCCAACCAAACAACAGCCGAUCGACGAAAUUCGCGACUAUUUUGGGGAAAGUGUCGGAAUGUAUUUUAGCUUCCUAGGGUUCUACACGUACGCUUUGAUCGUUCCGACGGUGUUGGGACUUUUACAGAUGCUUCUUUCCGAAGAAACGGAAACCGUCCCCUUCUUUUGCGUGUUCUACGUCGUGUGGAUAAAAGUCUUUCUGGAGUUGUGGAAGCGAAAGAGUUCGGCACACGCCUAUCGCUGGGGUACGAUCACGAUGACUAACUUGGACGAACCACGAGUAGGUUACUAUGGGAAGCUGGGUAGGGACCCCGUCACUGGGAAGGUUACUCCGCAGUACCCCAAGUGGAAGACCUAUGUUCAGAUGUACUGCGUCACGGCACCGAUCAUCCUUUUCUGUAUAUCGAUCGCCGGUUUUGUAACGAUCUUUCAGUUUUACGUAGAAAGCUAUCUGGCCGAGAUGUUUGGGAUCGAUUCGUACAUUAUGUACGUGCCAUCGAUCGUGAAUGCGAUCUACAUUGCCAUAUCGACGAUCGCGUAUGAUCGGCUAGCUACUUAUUUGACGGACAAGGAGAACCAUCGAACCCAGAGCCAAUACGAGAGACAUCGUGUCAAUAAGCUGAUUGUGUUGGAGUUUGUGAAUAAUUUCUUGUGCUUAUUCUACAUCGCGUUUAUCUUGCAGGACAUGAAAAUGCUCAAAACUCAACUGAUGAUGCAGCUGAUUGUGCUGCAAUUUGUGCAAAAUGUGCUGGAAAAUCUGCUUCCCUACCUCAAGAAGAAGGUAGCUCUGAUCUCGAACAAGCUGUUUGUCAAGUCCAAUUACGAAAGGUUGCAGCAAGCCUACGAAGAGUACGAUCAGAUGGGUAUUCUAUCGCUGGAUGAUGAUGAUGUUCGGAUCGUGCGACACAAGAAGGAAUGCGUCAUGGAGGAAUACAACACGUACGAUGACUAUCUGGAACUGUACAUACAGUUUGGCUACGUGGUGCUGUUCUCAUCUGUGGCUCCAAUGACGGCAUUCUGGGCCAUUCUGAACAACGUGAUCGAGAUUCGGUUGGAUGCGUACAAGCUGUGUUCGUUCUUCAAGCGGCCGUUCGCCAGGCGAACUAAGAACAUUGGCGCGUGGCAGUUGGCGUUCGAAACGCUGGCGAUCAUUUCGAUUAUGACCAACUGUGGGAUUCUGUAUCUUUCGCCGCAGAUGAGGGAAAUGGCCACCAACGUCAGCUCGGAGGCGUACACCAUCACCUUCCUAGUCAUUGAACACGUCCUGCUCGGACUGACGUGGUUCAUCUACAAAGCCAUCCCGGACACUCCCCUGUGGGUACGCGUCGCUCUGGCCAAAGCCGAUUACGAGUCGCGACAGGCUCUGAAACGCGAGAAUGCGCAACGAUCUCGGAAUCUUCUGUUUCGGCGUUUCCGGAGUGUGUACGAUUCGCACUCGAUGCUGACGUAGGCAUUGAUUGGAACCAACUUAGCGGAUGUGAUUUUUAGUGGAUACUCUAAGAUGUUGAGGAAUGGUAGACACAUUACGUAACGAAAUUGAAUUUUGGACGCUAGCUUCUACAUUUUAAUGCUGGUUCUAUGGAAUACUUAACCUUUCUGUGUAACGUUACGUAAUUUGUGUACGACGCCUUAUCAUCGAUUGAGCGUAAGUGUCAUUUUGUACAUAUUGUUGAGAUAAAUUAUGAUAUGUUGAACGUUAGAA